CUCUAUGGUUGAACCGUGUUUAGACGUCAGAGUAGAAACUUCCGACUGCAAGUAAACGCCUCACUUUUCAGCCAGUCAGAGCUGUUCUUCAUCGUCACGGGGAAACGAGAGGAGCGUCCUUAGAGAUGGUGUUUCCGUCAACUUUCGCGUCGUUUUUCCAAUGUAUUCAAGCAACGGAUAGAUUCAGGCUUUGAAGCCUAGUCGCCAUUUCCACGGGGGCCAAUGAGAAACCGUUUAAAGUUCGGGAGGUAAAUCGAAGUCACGAGCUAGCUCGUCUUUAAUGCUAAGCUAACGCCAUGCUAACUCGGAGUUUAGCUAUUACUAUGUCGUUAAGCGGUGAUUCUACCAUCUAAUCAGUAACCAUGACGGCUGUCAUCGGAGACCAGCUCAUCCUUGAAGAGGAGUACGAUGAAAACUUUAUACCCUCCGAUAAAGAGAUUCACGAGUACGCCAGAGAGAUCGGCAUUGAUCCUGACAAGGAGCCAGAGCUGCUGUGGUUGGCCAAGGAGGGCAUCAAGGCUCCUUUACCUCCAGAGUGGAAACCUUGCCAGGAUGUCACGGGAGACAUCUACUAUUUCAACUUCUCCACGGGUCAGUCCACCUGGGAUCACCCCUGCGAUGAGCACUACCGCCAGCUGGUGAUCCAGGAGCGCGAGCGGGGCCCGGUCCCGGCCGCCGCCACCGCUGAGGGUCUCGGGGCCAAGAAGGAGAAGAAGAAGAAGAAAGAGAAGAAGGAGAAAAAAGAGAAGAAGAAGAACGCACCACUGAAAACUUUAGGGACCCUCAGCUCAUCUUUGGGACCACUUGUACCGCCUCUUGUUGGUUUGGCCCCCCUGAGGAGUCUGGAGGGCCCUGGCGUAAGCCGGCCUUUUGGAUCCUCACUCCAAGGGUCCCUCGGCAGCUCUGGGGGGUUGGAACCCCUCAAAACAGCAGUUCGGGGUCCUCAAAGCUUCAGCUUGUCCGGCAUUUUGGGCAGCAGGCAGGAGGAGAGGUCGUCUCCUGCUCUGUCUGCUGUAGACGAUGGAGACAAAGACAAGCUCUCCGAAAAAGAACUGAGUGAAUCAGACGGACCACUGAAGAACCUCCACCUGAACCUGGCUUCUCUUGGAGGAGGUCUGCAGUAUGAGGACAGUGAAGGCAGCGCUGCAGCUCCAGCUGAAGAGAGGACAGAGCCAGAACUGCAGGACCUGGUGCAGUCUGGGGACCACAGCCCUGAACUGCCCUCCCAGCAUGACUCCGAAAAGGGCCCCGGCAUCGGCCUCUCUGACAGGGCGGGCAGCGAACAGGGGGCCGGUGCUGCCACGCCCACUUCUGAACAGGAAGAGGAGGCUGGGGGGGCGGAGGAGGGACAGGAAGGAGCGAUAGGACGGGUUCUGAAAGAACAGGGAGGUGAUGAAAAAGACAGAAAGGGAGGAGAGGAGGAGGAAGAAAUAGAUAAGAGUGGAAGUAAAGAUGAGGAAAGAAAGAGCAGCGAGAUUGAGGACGACUGCUGCGUUGAUGAAGAAAUUGAUGGACGAAGAUGUGAGACGAGAGAAAGUGCGAAUCUAAAGAGUAGACGGGAGAGUGAUGGAGGAGAGAAAAGUGUCAGUGGUGAAGCCAGGAGGAAAGUUAGCAGGGACAAAUCCAUGGAAAGCAGUGAGGAAGUUGUGGAGAAAUUCCUACAAAGCGAUAGAGAAAUUGGGAGUGAGAGGAGUAAGACCAGGAGGAGUGCUUCUAGUGAGCAAGAGGAGGUGGUGAUGGUGAACAACAGAGAGCAGGAGGAGACUGGGAGUCAAGAAAAGCCUCCCCCGUCUCCUGAGGAGGAGUUAGAAAGAUGUGGAGGAGAGGAAACCCUGCAGGAGGACGUGGAAAUAGAAGAGGAAUCAGGGGAUCUCAAAGGAGCAUCAGAGAGCGAGGAGGAAGUUGUUGAGGUUUUCAGCGCAGGGCCUCCCCACCAUCAACCCGCUGAGCUAGAGCAGGAAAGAUGUAACCGAGAGAGUCUUGGUGGCGUGGAGACACGGAGGUCCUCCCUUCCUGUGGAGGAGUCUGAGACCAGCAAGAACAUUGAGGAGGCUCAAUCCUCCCUGGAUAUCAAGAAGCUGUCACAGAAGGUUCUGGACAUCAGUGACCUGUCUGGAACCGUGAGCCCCCUGGAGAGAGAGGAAAGAGGAGGAACAGGAGAAGAGGAGGGCAGAGGAGGAGCAACCGACAGCCGGCCCAUUCUGUCCAGAGACGAAGAGCCUCCCUUCCAGAAAGUGGACCGGCUCGUCCUCCAUCAGUCCAGCCCAACCCCCUCUCAGUCCCCCCUGUCGGAGCACCACGACCUCCAUCACCAGAACGCACAGAGCCUCUUCGCAUCUCUGCCUCUGCAGAGGCCCGAAACGUCUCGAGGUCGCCCGGUCCGGAAUAUAGAGGAUGAAAAGGAGGAGAGCACGUUCAAAAAGCAAGAGAGCCAUGAAGAGGAGGAGCCACGGAGGAGCCUGGAAAAGGAGGAGGACUGCAAGAUGACAGAGAGAAGAGAGACCAGCUAUAGAGGGAGGAAAGAGUCUGAGAGGGGAAGGAGGGAGGCUGAGCGAGCCGUAGAGGAGGAGAAGGAGCACAUGUUAAAGGAGGAAGAGAAGAGGACGCGUCUCCUCCAGGAGGAACUAGCCAGAGAAGAGCAGAAAGAGGAGAUGAAGCUGAGGGUGGAGAGUGAGGAAAGGUUGAGGACUCUGCAGCAGCAGCUCCUGUCCCAAAGGAGAGAAGAGGAGGCCAGGCUGAAAGAGGAGACCGACCGAACACUGGAGGAGCUCAGGAAGGAGCGGGAGAAGCAGGAGCAGAAACUCAAGGAGGAGAGUGAAGCCACGCUGAAGGAGCUCCGUGUUGCUCUGGAGGAGGAGCGAGCUGCAGCGCGGGAGAAGCUGGAGGCCCAGAAGAAGCAGGACAUGGAGCGUUUGAAGCUGGAGGCAGAGGAGGAGCUGCAGGCGGAGAAGUCCCGACUCCGGAGGGAGGCGGAGGAGAAAGUGAAAGCUUUACAACAGGAGGUGUGCAGCACAGAGCGGAGGAGGACGCUGAUGAUGAGUCCUCGGCCCGAGCAGCAGCUGGCAGAGUACCACCGAGAGCUGGCUGAUGUGCUGCAGGAAGUGCGAGAUGAAGUGCAGCGGGAACACGAGAGGAAGCUGGAGCAGCUGAAGGACGAACACCGCCGGGAGACGAACCGCAUCAGAGAGAAGUAUCUAGACGAGGAGAACGCUCUGCGGGACACCCUACAGUCUACACUGCAGGAGAACAGGGAGCGUCUCCAGACCUCCCACGCCGUCCAGCUGGAGAAGCUCCGCCUCCAGCUCGAUACGCAGAUGCAGAAGAUUCAGCUGACGAACUCGCGCAAGGAGUCUGAACUGGGAGAGCUGUCAGAUCGUUUGGAGCAAAGAGAGAAGGAGCUCAGAAGCCAGGAGGUCCUUCUGCAGACCAAGGCAGCAGACCUGAAGAGAAGGAGAAAACAGCUGGAAGAAGAGGAGGAGCACGUAGACCGCCAGAUCGAGACCUUACCCCGCCUGAUCCGCGAGCGGGACCAGCUGAAGGAGGAGCUGCAGAGGAUGAAGGAGCAGACGGCCCAAGCCCGGGAGCUCAUCCACAGACUCAGGGAGGAGAGGAACCAGGGCAGGGAGGAGGAGGACAAGCUCAGGGGGGAGAGAGACAAAGCCAGGGAGGAGAGCAGGAGAGCCAAGGAGGACAAGGAGCGACUGGAGGGCAAGGUGGCACUGCUGGAGGAAAGGUGCAGCCGGCUGAGUCGCCGAGUCAGUGAACUGGAAAGGUUUGAAGCAGCGAGUGCUUCUUCUAAACCAGAGUCAAACAAAAGGAAGGCAGCAGCGCCCUCUAGUGACGGGACAGUGGGACCUGAGGAGGACCCUCCUCUCUCUCCGGUGCCGGACAGCACCAGCAGCAUGGACGAGGUGCGGCAGUACAUCUCCUCUCAUGGAGCGUCCAUCCAAAAAACCAAACUGUUCCUGGAGAAGGAGAGCAGCCGGCUGCAGGAGAAACAGGCAGCUCUGCAGGCAGCCCAGGCCAGCUCCUCUCAGGAGGUGAUGAGAACCCUUCAGCAGGAGGCCAGAGCGGUGGAGGAGCUGCAGCGCACGGUCCAGACAGGAAACUCACUGCUGCGCAGGAAGGAGGAGCAGCUUCAGCAGCUGGAGAACUCUAUGAGUGAGGAGCCAGCGCUCGAGGAUUUGUCUCGCAUCCCCGGAGAGAGGAAGGUCACCUUCGAUGUGACGGAGUCAGACCUCAGCAGCAGCGUGGGGCCGUUAGACGGGACAGGACAUCCCACCGUCCCAGCCAAAGUCCAGGAAUUAGCCGAGUCCCUGCAGCAGAUCUCAGGCCAGCUCAACUCGGUUCUGAGCGCGCUGGGUUCACUGGCUCGUGGUCAGAGCAGCACUCCCUAUGCCGCCUUCCCCAUGCCCCACCCCCACUCCGCUCCCUCUUUAGUGCCAUUCAACCCUCAUACGCUAACAUCCAGCUCCUUAGCUCCGCCUCCUCCUGUGGGCCUCCCAGAUUCACUCCGGACCUGGACCCCUCAGGGCAGCUCUACAGCCACCCAUCUCUUCAGCACUCCCAUCUCCGCCGGCCUGAGACCCUCUGAGGAUCUCACUCACAGCCAAUGGGUCCCGAAGUUCUCCGGAAGUGAACCUCUCACGUCCAGCACCACCAGAACCUCCUCUGUGUACCCAUCAUACACUCCCACAAGCGUGUCCAUGCAGAGACCUGUGGAGCUGGACGGACAGAAGCUUCAGGGCCUGAUUGACAGCAAUAAGAGAUGGUUGAAGCUGCGCAAGCAGGACAACAGCAUACCUCUGUUCACUCGAUACGCGACUCCCUCCUCCACGAGCGGCCUGGUCCAGCUGGGCCUGGACGAUUCCAACCAUGUCCGGGUUUAUCAUUAUUAGGAACAGUGUGUGGGUCCGUGCAGGUGCGGUGGACAGGUACGCCUCUUACCGUGAGGCUCUCAGGUCCUUUACAGCAAAAACUUCAGAUGGAGCUCCACUGCACACGGUUGGACUGUUUUACUAAUCGCACUCUGUGACCAGAUUUGUCUUUAUGUGCUUUACAGCUGUGCUGGGUCCAAGUCUGUGUCACAUCAGGUACAGUUGUUUUUAGUAAUGCACUUGUGUGAACUUUUCAGACAUUUUUAGAAGCAUUGAAUUUUUAAGCCAAAACAGGAAUUUGUAUGUCUCGUUUUUUUCACUCACUGUUCGGCCAACCCGUUUUUUAAUGGUUUUUCACUCGAAUCGAUGUUUACAUGACGGUAAUAUUGAGCUGUCGACUUUGAAAGUUGUUCUUCAGUGCAUGUAUCUGUAAAAAUGUAUUUUUCUAUGAAUCCUGUUAAUAAAUUCUCUGUGAAGUAGUCUAUUA